UGCUGUCCUGCCCAUUAGAGGGAUGCACGCACCUGAUGAUUAGCCCUGCUUGUCAUGCUGCUGCUAUGUCACUUAAGUUUGUUAUACUGCAUGUUAUUAGUGUCAGAUUUUAACAGUUUCACUGGUCCUGUGGGUAUGCAGCUAAAAUUUGAACACCAUGCUGUUAUGUUGAAGGAGAGAGAUUGCUGCAGUGGGGUGAGACUGUGACCAACGGUUCUACCUAAAUUGGCAGUGCUGUCGUCUUCCUCAUGCCUCCCUCUCCCCUCGACGGCAGGCUUAUUGUGGCACUCUCCAGGCCUGUGAGACCUCAAGAACUCAACCUUUGCCUAAAGUCUUCCUACCUUGAAUCCUGCUCAAUUAGCGAGAACUAUAAAUCUUUUUUAAGCACAAGCAUUGUGUCUCUAAACACAGCCAAUCUGACGUAUAUGCCCUCUUCCAACGGCUCUGCACGUUCCCUGGGUUGUGGAUGUAGCAGUGCCAGUUGUUGCACUGUGGGAGGUUAUGAGAAAGACAUUCAAACUCAGAGUCAGGCAAUAAGUAGUUCUACCAUUUCUAACAGUGCUGCAGGAACUUCAUCCGCUACUCAUACAAACCAAAUGGUCAACAACAAUGAGAACAGUGGUGCUUUGAGUCCAUCUGGAGGCGUGGGAAGUCCCGUGUCUGGUGCUACCAAACAAUUCGCCAACAUAAAAAUAAUUUACCCCAAUGACUUGGCCAAGAAGCUAACAAAAUGCAGCAAAACUCACUUACCAAGUCAAGGGCCUGUAAUCAUUGACUGCAGACCCUUUAUGGAAUACAAUAGAAGCCAUAUUCAAGGAGCUGUACAUAUCAAUUGUUCUGACAAGAUCAGCAGGAGAAGGCUUCAGCAGGGCAAGAUAACGGUAUUGGAUUUAAUAUCCUGCAGAGAGUCUAAGGAUUCGUUUAAAAGGAUCUUUUCCAAAGAAAUUAUAGUUUAUGAUGAUAAUACCAAUGAACCAAGUCGGGUAAUACCUUCACAGCCUCUCCAUACUGUUUUGGAGUCACUGAAAAGGGAAGGAAAGGAACCUCUGGUUUUAAAAGGUGGACUCAGUAGUUUUAAACAGAACCAUGAAAACCUCUGUGAUAAUUCCCUCCAAUUGCAAGAUUGCUCUGAUGGAGGGGGGGCUUCCGCUGUAUCAAUUACACUACCUCAAUCUGUCCCGAGCACUCCAGACAUCGAAAAUGCAGAGCUGACCCCCAUUUUACCCUUCCUUUUCCUGGGAAAUGAACAUGAUGCCCAGGACUUAGAAAAAAUGCAAAGAAUGAACAUUGGUUAUGUCGUCAACGUAACAACACAUCUUCCUCUAUAUCAUUAUGAGAAAGGAAUCUUUAAUUACAAACGUCUACCAGCAACAGAUAGCAACAAACAAAAUCUCAGGCAGUACUUUGAGGAGGCAUUUGAGUUUAUUGAGGAAGCUCACCAGUGUGGAAAAGCCCUUCUUAUUCAUUGCCAGGCCGGUGUCUCGCGCUCAGCCACUAUUGUGAUUGCGUACCUAAUGAAGCACACGAGAAUGACCAUGACUGAUGCCUACAAGUUUGUCAAAGGAAAACGACCAAUCAUUUCUCCCAAUCUGAACUUCAUGGGGCAGUUAUUGGAAUUUGAAGAGGACCUAAAUAAUGGGAUUACGCCACGGAUUCUGACACCAAAGCUAAUUGGGGUAGAGACUGUAGUGUAGCAAAAAUAAAAUUGUGUAUAUAAAUAUUUGGGUGCAAAAAGCAAAAGCUUUCAGCAAAUUAUUAUUUGAACAAAAUAAUAAAAAAAAGACUCUAAAUUAUCCUUUUCUGGAUAAAAAAAAAUACCCAGGACUAAUGGAACACUGAGGGUAGAGGUUGGAUAGAUGCAAUGAAUACCUUUCAGGUUGAAAUAAUGGAUAAUAUAGAGGUUCCAGGCUUACAGUUCUUGAGAAAACAUUGAUCAUCUUGCUUAAAUAAAACCUACGAUAGGUGGUCUGUGCAGGUUCAUAGACUAGGCAAAGUUCUGCUAUUGGAAAUCCAAAUAAAAGCAUAAGAGUAUGGGCCUUAACUGUCAAAGACAUUCUCUCAAGACAAUGAGAUUUUACUUCAUAUCUGCCAUAGAGAAUCUAUGAAGAUGGCAAUUAAAUUGAACUGUUAAAUAUGGGUGUGUUCAGUUAUAUUUUUAUAUUUUGGGUUGAUACGGUUUCAUCAACAAGGAACUUGACCAUUACUUGCCCUUUGUGGCUUAUUGUGCAAUAAUAUUGUUUUGAGUGUGAGAUUUGUUAGAGUGAACUGAAUGUUCUAAAUUAGGGGUGGAUGACAGGUACCUCUCAAGCUGUUGUAGAACUAUGCCAGUGACUUGCAAGGCAUCACGGGAGAUGUAGGCCCACAACUUCUGUCUGCAACCGGCAAGCCAUCUCAAGAGAUGUAGUUUGCCGAAUUGUGGUGGGCACGCCAUCAUGGACAAUAUAUUUCCAAAACAGCUGGGGAGCUACCUGUUGGCUUCCUCUUUUCUAGAGGAUGAAAUGUGCAAAAACAGGAGAUGGGUGAAGGAAAAAAAAAAAUUAUUAUUGUUUUCAUUUGAAUCUGGUUAUGGUGCCAUAAACCUUGUUAAAUAUGUAUAUCAGAAUGUAAAAAAAAAAAAAUAAGAGGUUUUAUUUUAACUAAUUUUUGCACAAAAAUAUAGGCGUGUUCCCAUUGUCUGUGUAAAUUGUCGUUUUGACUAUAAAACUGACAAAAAAGUUAUUUUGACAA